UCGGCUGGGUCGCAGAGGUGGCCAUCGAUUGCGCCCGUAUUCGUGCACGAGGGAUCUAUAUUUGUCUUGAGCAACGCUCACGAUGGUCUGGUUGCGGUGGCUCCAGCUUUUGGUGUGUUGCUCUCCGGUUAGGGUGCUCUCCCUGCUGCCGCGUGCGGCGCCGCGCGUCGCAGCAGCUGGGCGACCAGGGGCGAUGCGCACGCUCGCAGCGGAUGGGCGCCCAGCGGCGCUGCGCACGCCCUCGCGACGCUACGCGGCCGACGACGACGAGAAAAUCAUCAACAUAGAGGAUCUGCCGGAGCUCGGUGCGUGCGGUGAGAAGAAACACAAAGACCCCGCCAGCAAAGAGGGCGAAGCGCCGCUCACGGAUCGGUUCCUCAUGGCGGCGCGAGCGCUGCGCGGGGAGUUCGACCCGGAGGCGACCGACGACGACACGGAAGAGAACUCGCAGCUGCUCGGCGCGAUCAUCGAGAAUUAUCCGGCUCCCUUUUCCUUCACGGCCGUCGGGCGGAGCGGCGGCGACGACGAGGGCGUGCGAUCGCUCGUCGACGCGCUGACCAAGGUCGUGAGCGACUCCUGCGACGGUGCUUUCGUGGACGUCGUCGCGACGCCGCGGAUCGGCGGCAAGUUCGCGUCCGUGCGGCUCACGACCGACGUCCAGUCGCCGGAGAUGAUCCAGCGCGUCUUCGCGGAGCUGCGCGCCGUCGAGGCCGUGAAGAUGGCGUUUUAAUAAUACUGUUGUUCAAAAA